AUGGUGGAUGACGGUGGCCGGGAGGCUGUGGCAAAGGCUUUGUCGCUGCAGAUUAUCACGUUUCAGAAACAAAAGUCCUAUGAAGUGAACUUUGUAUCCCUCACCUGGGAAGUAAACUCAACACCACUUGACUUUUCCAAACUUCGCUUCAUUGGGCGAGAACGUUUAUUAAAUGGAACUUUUGAACUUCUUGAGGAUCUUGAACAAUUUACAUUCUCUAUUGAUAUUUAUUCCGAUGCCGCUCGGAACGGAGACUAUAAGCUAAUGCCCUUGUCCGUUCCAGCUGAAAAAUUUUGCGAGGUGAUCGAGAAAUUCGGAUACUACUUGACAGACGGCAUAAAGUAUGGAAUUAACACCGAUUUAUUUAUACCCAAGUCGCCCUGCGUCAUUCCGAAGGGAGUUUACUAUUUGAAGAACGGUAGCUUUAAUGUGGACAGGUGGCCCCCAAUAAUGUUCCGUGGAAAUAUUAGACACAAUGGUAAAUUCUAUAGGGAUGGCAAGGAAAUUGGCUCUUAUAAUCUUACGUCCUCUAUUGAAGACCGUUCUUUGUUUUUUUAA